AUGCUAGAGGCUUUCUUCUUCCUAUACACUCCCUGGAACGACUUCGACGAGGUUAAAAGAUACGUCAAGAAAACGGGCCUGUCAAAUUGGCAUCCUGUUGGAACCUGUGCGAUGUUGCCAGAGAAUAAAGGGGGGGUAGUUGACAACAAUCUUAUCGUGUAUGGCAUCAGCAACCUGCGUGUAGUAGAUGCAAGUAUCAUGCCCAUUGUACCUAGAAGUAACACUCAAGCUGUUGUCUAUGCUGUUGCUGAAAGAGCUGCGGACAUAAUCAAGGGCACGAGCUGA